AAAUUCUGUGGAUAAGAAGAAAGUAAUAUUUACUGAAAACAAAAGUAAAUUUUUAUACGAUUAGAAAUCUGUUGGCUGUUUUUUAUAAAUCGUAGAAAUGGCACGUAAUGCUGAGAAAGCAAUGACCACAUUGGCGCGUUGGCGCGCAGCUAAGGAAGCCGAAUCUGGAGAAAAAGAUAGACGACCGUACCUAGCUUCAGAGUGCACUAGUUUACCAAAAUGUGAAAAAUAUCGCCUAGAGAUCAUUCGCGAAAUAUCUAAGAAGGUAGCCCAAAUACAAAAUGCCGGUUUGGGAGAAUUUCGGAUACGAGAUUUAAAUGAUGAAAUAAAUAAGCUACUGCGUGAAAAGCGACAUUGGGAAAACCAAAUUUCUGCUUUAGGUGGUCCUCAUUAUCGCCGUUAUGGACCAAAGAUGUUUGAUGCGGAAGGACGUGAAGUUCCAGGAAAUCGCGGUUAUAAAUAUUUUGGUGCUGCUAAAGAUCUACCCGGAGUGCGUGAACUCUUUGAACAAGAACCACCAGCACCACAGCGUAAAACACGUGCUGAGUUGAUGAGAGAUAUAGAUGCGGAAUAUUAUGGUUAUAGAGAUGAUGAUGACGGGACUUUAAUUCCGAUGGAAGAGCGCAUUGAACGUAUAGCGAUACAAAAAGCUCUUCAAGAAUGGAAAGAGAAAAUGGCACGGGAUGGUCAUGUUGAUGAAGAAGAAGAAGAGGAAAUAUAUGGUUCAUUAAAGAUGCCUGCUGAUGACAACGACGAUGAUGCUGAUGCACGUAAAACAGUAUCAAAUACUGAAGUUGGUAAUGAUCCUUUGGAACUGCUGGCACCCCGAUUCACCGCACAUGUUCCUGUACCAACGCAAAAAGAUAUUGAGGAAGCACUGUUGAAGAAACGAAAACAAGAACUACUGGAAAAAUAUGUGGGCAGUGAAUAAAGUAAUAGUAUCUGUAACUACGCCUUAUUACUUGAAAAGUAGUUAUAGGAGUAAUCUUAUAUUUUUAUUAAUGAUUAAAUAGUAAAAUAUAU